UGGAGGGGCGGGGCCUCUGCCGCCAACUCCGCUGUUGACCGAGGCGAGAUGGCGGCCACCGAGGGUGUCGGAGAGGCUACGCAGGGCAGCGAGCCUGGUCAGCCCGAGCCGCCACCGCCCCAGCCGCAUACCCCGCCGUCCCAGCAGCAGGAUGAAGUGAUGGCAGCCGAGGCGGGAGAAGCAGUGGCGUCCCCUAUGGAUGACGGGUUCCUGAGCCUGGACUCACCCACUUAUGUCCUGUACAGGGACAGAGCAGAAUGGGCUGAUAUAGAUCCAGUGCCACAGAACGAUGGCCCCAAUCCAGUGGUCCAGAUCAUUUAUAGUGAAAAAUUUAGAGAUGUUUAUGAUUAUUUCCGGGCCGUUCUGCAGCGUGAUGAAAGAAGUGAACGAGCUUUUAAACUAACAAGAGAUGCUAUUGAGUUAAAUGCUGCCAAUUAUACAGUGUGGCAUUUUCGAAGAGUUCUCUUAAAGUCACUUCAAAAGGAUCUGCAUGAGGAAAUGAACUACAUCACUGCAAUAAUUGAAGAACAGCCCAAAAACUAUCAAGUUUGGCAUCAUAGGCGAGUAUUAGUGGAAUGGCUAAAAGAUCCAUCUCAAGAGCUUGAGUUUAUUGCUGAUAUUCUUAAUCAGGAUGCAAAGAAUUAUCAUGCCUGGCAACAUCGACAGUGGGUUAUUCAGGAAUUUAAACUUUGGGAUAAUGAGCUGCAGUAUGUAGACCAACUUCUUAAAGAGGAUGUGAGAAAUAACUCUGUCUGGAACCAAAGAUACUUUGUAAUUUCUAACACCACUGGCUACAAUGAUCGUGCUAUAUUGGAGAGAGAAGUCCAGUACACUCUAGAAAUGAUCAAACUAGUACCACAUAAUGAAAGUGCAUGGAACUAUUUGAAAGGGAUUUUGCAGGAUCGUGGUCUUUCCAAAUAUCCCAAUCUGUUAAAUCAAUUACUUGAUUUACAACCAAGUCACAGUUCCCCCUACCUGAUUGCCUUUCUCGUGGAUAUCUAUGAAGAUAUGCUAGAAAACCAAUGUGACAACAAGGAGGACAUUCUCAAUAAAGCAUUAGAGUUAUGUGAAAUUCUAGCUAAAGAAAAGGACACUAUAAGAAAGGAAUAUUGGAGAUAUAUUGGAAGAUCCCUUCAAAGCAAACACAGCACAGAAAGUGACCCACCAACAAAUGUACAGCAAUAACACCAUCCAGAAGAACUUGAUGGAGUGCUUUUAUUUUUUUAAGAGACUCUAAUGCAGUAGUUUAAAACUAGAGCGGUCGUUCUCUUUGCCUGUGGUGUAAAACAUGCAUUGCACAGGUAUUGCUUUUUAACAAGAACUAAAUGUGAUGUUCCUUGGGUGCUGCUGCUGUUCAGAUUAGCUCUAAGUAAUUUGAUCUUUUAAAGCAAAGUAAUUUGGGGGGAGGGAAAAGAAACAAAGUCUUAAAAAGGAACUUUUGUAAUCUUAUCAACAUUUACUGUAAUUCUUUAGCAUCAACUCCUCCCUAAAGGGUAUAUGCGUCAGGAUUUGCAGCAUUAACGAUUGCAGGAACUUCUAUGUAAUGGAUAUGAGGUAACUUAAAUUUCAGUUUAGGAAACAGGGAAUGCAAUUGUUACAUUAGAGCUGCUAUGCCACUCUCAUAGUAUUGCUAUUACUGUAACCAACUAAUGCCAAAAGAAUGGUUUUGUAAUAAAAUUAGAGAUGUAUCCUAAAACAA